AGGGCUCCCAAAAAUGUAAGCCAUGAUAUUUAUUUGGACUGCCUAGUACAGUGCCUGACAAACAAGAGAUGCUUCAGAACGGUCAUUUUCAUUGUGAAUCUAAAUGCCGUUUCUUAACUGAUAAAGGGGAAAAAACACAGUUUUCACUGACACUGGGCUACAGUAAAAUCUGUCUUCUUAUCUCUAGGUUGAAUAUACUUCAGGCAAGGUUUUUUUCACCACUUGUUCUGACUUGAAUGUGCUGAAGAAAUUAAAAUCUGCAGAAAGACUAUUUUUGCUUAUUAAAAAGGAGUUUCCCCUUACUGUUUCUUCUGUAAGUAAAGGAAAAAUAUUUAAUGAAAUACAAAGAUUUAUAAAUGAUGACCCAGAAUGUUGGUUGAAUGCCAUUUCAAUUUGGAAAAAUCUUCUUGAACUUGAUGCAAAAAAGGAAGAAUUUCCUCACAAAGAUGCUAAGCUGCUAAAAAGAAAAACAGGAGACAAUGAAAUCAUCACUGCUAAGAAAUUAAAAAUAGAACAAAUGCAAAAGAAAGAAGAGAAUAGGAAAUGCCAGCUGGAAAAACAAAUAAAAGAAGAAUCUCUGGAGCAAAGAGAUUUUAUCACUAAAAGAGAAAAUUUUCAAGAAGAGGAAUUUCAGGGGGAUACAGAGAAAGCAGCGGUAACUCAUGACCAGAACAACUUGACUUUCAGAGUUUCUUGUCGCUGCAGUGGAACUGUUGGAAAGGCAUUCACUGCCCAGGAAGUAGGAAAAGUAAUUGGAAUUGCUCUUAUGAAACAGUUUGGAUGGAAAGCAGAUUUGAGGAAUCCAAAUUUAGAGGUCUUUAUACAUCUGAAUGACAUUUACUCUUUGGUGGGGAUUCCUGUGUUCAGGGUUCCUUUGGCCAACAGGGCUUACAUCAGGACAGCUGGGCUGCGAGCUACCAUAGCAUGGGCGAUGGCAUCUCUCGCUGAAAUCAGGGCUGGUGCAUUUGUUUUAGAUCCGAUGUGUGGACUUGGAACAAUACUUUUGGAAGCUGCUAAAGAAUGGCCAGAUGUGUAUUAUGUGGGUGCUGAUGUCAGCGACUCACAGUUACUAGGUGCAUGUGACAAUCUGAGAGCUGCAGGCCUUAAGGAUAAAAUUGAGUUACUUAAAGUCUCUGUUAUAGAAUUGCCUUUGCCUUCAGAAAGUGUGGAUGUUAUCAUUUCUGACAUUCCAUUUGGGAAGAAGUUUAAAUUAGGAAAGGACAUCAAAAGCAUUCUACAAGAAAUGGAAAGAGUGCUUCACGUUGGCGGAACCAUUGUAUUGUUGCUUAGUGAAGAUCACCACAGGCGCCUUAGAGAUUGUAAAGAGAGCAGCAUCCCUUUAAAUUCCAAGAACAGCCACACAGAUGAACCUGGAAUUAAAAAGAAUCUUGAAGAAACAACUGGUGUACCAGAGACAGAGCUGUCUUCAUUUGAAGCCAGUAACCAGGAGUACUUAGACCAAAUCUCACCAUUUGGCUCUUUGGUACCAGUAGAAUGCUACAAAGUUGGCCUUGGAAAGACAGAUGCAUUCAUAUAUAAAUAUAAGAAGUCACACUCUUCACUGUAACAGGCUGGCUGCCAUCAGCCAGGUUCAAGUCCUUACUUGUUAGCUGUAGGGUAGGAGAACUUGUUUUAUGAGUCUGUAAUUUUCAUUGGAAUAAAAAUAAUUUGUAUUUUC